CCGAUUUUCUACUUCAGGUCCCGAAUUGUUCUUCAUUGUUGUAGCAAGUCAACUCGUAAAAGUGAGAAGAGGAAGUGUUGCAUUUGUGGGCGUGGUAUUCCAAUCAAGUGGUCUGAGUAUUUCUGCUAUCGGUCGUCCGAGCACAUCUGGAGUCACUGUCACGAGCAUGUGCUCGUCGCUGUGAACUACGGAAGCGUCCUAAGGUCGGUCGUGUAAAAGUAAACCCCAAAAUCUUCCACUGCUUGGCCUGACUCUGAUCUCCCAGUUGUAUGUUUCGCUAGUUACGAUAGUUAGAGCAUUUCCUUUUCGACAAAAAUGGUAUCCUCAGAGCCUCCGCCCAAGGCUGCAAAGGAACCAAACAGCGGCAAAUACCAGCACAAACCGCGCAAGACCGACAUCCACACCGCCACGUCCACCGAGAACUGCACUUCCCAGCUCCGUUUUCUCAAAAACUACUGCCGGACCAACUUCUGCGGACCAUGUCUCGCGGGCUUAGCCGUCCCUGUCUUACUGGUGCUCUUCCUCACCUACGCUGCGGCAGCCGUACCAGUCGUGAUUGUCGGUGGGAUCAUCGGCUUGUUGCAGAAAACUCUCAUUCCGCUCCUCGUCGAGUACUGGUACCAGCUGCGAUGCGUUGGAAGCUGGCAUGUUUGGUACAUGAAAAGAAAAGCGCGACUCGACGAGGAAAUUUACCACUCCAGAACCGCGGAUCUACGCGUCGAGCUGAUUCCCGGGCGGCGGUGGGUGCACUUGAUUCCCAUGUUCCAGGACAACUACGCCUAUCUCAUUGUGGAUUUGCGGGACCCAAAGAACUUCUCGAAGUUUCUGAAGGAAUGGAGCGAGAAUAAAAAGAUCGCGAAGAAGUCUAGUGCUGUGGUGAAGGACAAGGACGCAGGAGCUGGGGCACCGGCCCCGACAGACGAUGAUGACGCACCGGGACAUCAAGUAAGGCCAAAUGAAGUAGACGCGAAACCGAAAAUCGACGACGCGGCCGGAAAGGAAGAGUCGGCAAGCAGAGACACAGAGGAAGUAGACGACCUUGCAGCGGAGGGCGCAAAGCUGGAACGAGACCUGCUCGCAAGCGUGAACACGGCUGAAGAACUCCACCUAGAAGACGACGAGGAAACCGUGACGCUUGAAGGCCCGAUCUUCGAGGGCGUUCUGAUCGAUCCGGCUGCGGGGGAGUCAGUUGAGCGCGCGGUGGACUACAUCAGUCACGAGUUUUACGGCUGCGAACUGAAUUUGGAGGCGAUUCUAACGACGCACAAGCACUGGGACCACAGCGGCGGGAAUGUGUAUUUUCGGAAACAGUACCCGGACACGAACCAGCUGGACAUAUACGCGACGGAGUGCAAUUUACCAUCAUUGCAGUCCUGGCAGAACUUCACGACGGUGAGCGGAGACGAUCUUACAGGUAGCGGAAAUAAAAGAUCAAAACGGCAAGCUGGCUGUAUCCUCUCCAUCCAAUCCUUCCUCUCCAAGUGCUUGAACCGCACGCCGAUCUGCUUUCUUCCCGUCGUUUUCGCGAUUUCCAUCAUGUACCACAGUGUGCUGUUUUUCGUGAUCUUCCCUGUGAGAAAAUUCUUCCAGUCAAUCCUCGACGUGCUGGCGUGCUGUUUUCUUCCCUGCGGCUGUUGCUUUAGCUGCUGUCCACGGCGGCUGCGGAGGGUGCAGGUGGUGAACAAACAGCUGAUCAAGGACAAGGAAAUCUUCAAAAUCGGCACGAACAUGACUUUCCAAUGCAUGAUCACGCCCGCGCAUACGAGGACCCACGGAAUUUUCUUGUUGCUCGAUCCGGCGUUUACGGUGGAGCAGAAUUUGGACCCGAAAACCUGCCCAAGGAUAGGACUGCCGAGGCAGGCGCAGGAAGUGACGGACUCUUCACGAAGAGGGAAGAAUUUUAGUGAAGCGCCAACAUCUUCUUCUACCACUGUAGUUGCAAAACAACCACCUCCAGGGGCUGCUGUAAAAGCUGCGCCCAAAGCUACGACCCAAAUGCAAAUGAACUUUCCCAAGCACGCUCUGUUCACCGGCGACACGAUCUUUUGCGGCGGUCACGGCGCUUGCUUCGAGGGCAACGAGAUUGAGAUGCUGCGGAAUUUCUAUUUGAUCCUCAUCUCCUGUUCCAAGAACACCUUGCUCUUUCCGGGCCACGAGUACACGAACAUGCUCCUUUCCGACCAGCUGAGCAACAUCGGGAUGUACACAAAUUCUCUGAACUUGAAGGAAUUCUCCGACAUCUGUUUUCAGACCUGGACGAGUUUGCACCGACGGAACAUGACCGAAGCAAAAGAACGAGUGCCGACGGUACCUUUGCAUUUGGAGGACGAGGUCUUGCUGAAUCCGAAUUUCCGGAUUGUCCAGGAAAGAAGGUUGCGGAUGGUGGAGCUGUUUCAGAAGCGAUUUUUGAAAAUGAACACAAGCGGUGAGGAAAAAGGAAAGGAAGGCGAGGGUCGUGAACCAAGCGGAGCAAGUGCUGCGAAUACCGGCGCGUCUUCGCCUCCAGAAAAGAAGAAAGAUUCGGAAAAGGAGAACGACGACACCCUCGCGACUGUCGCGUCGCCAACUGACAUUUCCCCCUUGCUUGUCGCGCCAGAACAGCAAACCGUUGGCGGGAACAGUUCGUCGACGGCGACCACGCCUCUGGUGAACACAGCCGUGGCAGCAAAUGAGCAAAAAGGAAAAGACACAGCUGCGUCUUCGAAACCCGAAAUAAACAAAGGCUUCUUCCAACCUCCACAGCGGCCGUUGUUUGCGCAAACGCACGAGACGUUGAAAGAGCGCACGAAGUUUCAAGUGAUUCCCGACGUAGAGUGGCAGCGGUUCAAGAAAAAAAUCCCGCCAGACCUCCUCUCCGAGUUUGAAAAGCUCGAAAAAAUUGCGCAAACCACCCCGAUGAAACACGGGGAAGAGUUUGAGACGCCGCAUCUGGCGGAUGUGGGCUUAGGAUUGCAAAUUGUCGGGUUGACAGGAAAGAAAGACGGCAUGAUUUCGAAAUCCGACUUGCUGAUGAUGCUGCCGGUCGCGGAAGAAAGCGAAAGGCAGCAAGACGAAGACGGAAACACCGGUGCGACGACAGCUGGACUAAAAGCCCAGGGCACAGAUGCACAAGCAGCGGCAGAGCAAGUCGGACCAUCUCUCGCAUCUCUCCAAGCCGCGCUAGACAAGUGCUUUCGGAAAGGGGAAUCAGGUGGGGAUCAGGUCGAGGUGGAUUUUCUGUCCUUUGACGAGCUCGCUGCGAAAUUGGAUCCGGAAAAAUACGGCAUCGAUACGAGAAGUUAUUGCUCACGGUGUGGCUCGGGUUUACUCGGUUGUUUGAAAUCGUGCGUCUGUUGUGGAGGGAAAAGGUUUUGAUGAUCUGGGUUUUCUUUUCGUUUUUUCAAAUUGGUUCGAGCGGCAACAUGAAACUUCACACUUGUCCAUCUACACGCAAAUUGCAUCUGUGUAGCGUUCACGCAAAUUGGUAUUUCAGCGAAUGUUGUCGAACUUUUAUAUCGAAAAUUCAGCUCAACCGAAGAAGAACAAGCCGAAAGCGAAAAAGAUGACGCGGAGGAAGAGGAUCCAAGCACGAUUUUGCUCAAACUCUACGCACAAAGAGAAAAGCAAGACCAUCGCCUGCCGGACUGCACACUAUGCCGGAGUUGGGUGCCGGAUAAGAAAUUUCCAUUGGCUCGGGAGAUGCUGAAGGAGUUGUCGUUUGAUCAUGUGAAGAAACAGAUCGGCGCAGAGCAAAACGAUGGUGCGGAGAUCGAGGACACUGCAGGGGGUAGCAAUUCCCCAGCGGCAGAUGAGCAAAAGGAGGCGAGUAGGAACAACGCUGAAGAUGCGGCGAAUAAAAAACCGGAAGAUGAAGCGCUUGAGACUGGCGAAGGAGGUGAUGAAGAUGAGAAGAAUAGGAAAAAACGAGCGAAAAAUCCGUCAUGCUUCUACGCAGCAGGUAUGUUGCGACAAAGAACGACAAAAACUGCUGCGGACAGUAAGUCUACUAACUCUGCGGUUGUCACGAUAGCAACUCCUGAUCACAGCACUGCAUCAUGAGAAAAUGAGUUCAUCAUACUUCUGUGCCACACUGAGAAUCCCUCUGCCAGAGGGAUCGAUGCUUGCUAGCAACUCAGCAAGUUUACUUCGCUCAUCUGGAUCUGUUCACCAUCACAGUAUACAUGAGUGUGUGCGCGGCACGCCUAUAGCCUGGGAGGAGUAUUGCAGAGGGAUCAUGUGCGAGGUUUCAGAGCAGAAGAGACGUGCACGAGCCUGGGGGCUUGGAAGUCAUUGCCCGGCAGUCAAGCCGUGCGCCGGUG